GUUUAGCAAGAGGCUUUCUUAUGGAACAAAUUUGUAUUGUGUCUUACAUACCCUUUUCAUGUUACUGUGAAGCAAUUCGAGAAAAUUUAUCGCUAUCCGCUGAGUCGGAACUACUUCCAUAUAUUUAUUUCUUAACUCAAGACAACAAUAUCGGCUCAAGCAUCGGUGCGAUGUGACAUCGGUGUUUGUCGGUUUUCGAUUUAUUUACCUUUUUAGUAAAGACGACACGCCAUUUUACUUUUUAAAAUGGCAUUAACGAUUUGUAAACAAACUUGGAGUAAUAUUAUAUCGCUCGCCGCCGACAGAUGGCGGCAGAUAUCACGAUGGGGGUUAUUGUAAAAACAUUUGUAUAGAAACUUGAUUUGUUGAUAUUAUAUUUAGAUAUUUACGUAUUUGGAUGGACGGCUAUGGUAGAUAACAAUCUCAGUAUAAGUAUAUACAUGUAACUAUUUGUUCAUGUUUCAAAUAUAACGAAGCUUUAUAAUAAGCAAUGAAUAUACUAAUCUCUAUCCAAAUGUGUAAAAUGUCUAGAACAAGCAAUUCCUGCUCGAGGCUCGACGUGAGGCCACAUGGCAUUGCGACGCGUGGUUACAAACCGCGCCGACUGGAAGACUGGCUCACUGUGUCGUGUGGACCGAGCCUGUAUAGCUACUCUGUAUAAUAUUGCUUCCAAAAUACGUUGCUCGUAUCCCGACGAACGAAAGGAAUUUUACAAGUUUGCUGCUUAUUUUGUGUGUAAUCGGGAGUACUAUAUGGAGCAAGCAAUUCACAUAAAGUACUGCUAUCGUUUCUAUAUGUUACACGUUGUACCAUCUCCCAGUAAACCUUAUCGCGACGAUAUCAGCUCUCGAUGUGAAUUGAAUACGGCGGCCUCCAGCACUAGCAUAAACUGAGCAAGUCCUGGCGACUUUAGAUGUAACGUAGAUUAUAUAAGGCAUAUAUAUAAGGCAUUUAAUGCUAUACUACUUCUUGUCUAAACAAUGUUAUGCGCGAAAUGAGGACGCGGAGAAAAAUU